AGAGAGAGAGAGAGAGAGAGAAAAAGAGAUCACCCACCUCACAAGAUCAGCAUCCUCCUCUCUCACGUCGCCUUAGCUCCUUUCGAGUCCCCCUCUUCCUUUCCCCUGGCCUCGGCUACUCUUCCCGCUGCUUUCGUUCCGACUUUUGUCACCUGCCCCCAGCAUGAGCGCCGAUCCUCUUGAUCCGACGCUUGACCGGAACCCCUUCGGGGCCCACCGGAUCCAGGCAGUUCCUCUGGCACGAAGCCAGGCAGACGGCAGCUUGCCGGAUCUGCCGGCGGUUUCCUUUGUCGACCCGGCCGCUGUCGGGGACUCCCGGCUGCAUACGACCGCCGAGUCGAGCCCCGCCUCGGCCUUCGGGGUCGGGGGCCUGUCGCCGAUUUCCCUGAAGCCCGAGCACCCCCCCAGCGGCCUGAAGAUGGAGGAUGACAUGGACGCCUUGGCGGAUGCCCGUGCUGGCCACUACGAAGACCAUGAUGCCAUCCUCCGCGAUAGCGAUGAUGAGGAUGGCGAGGGCGACGAGUCGCCGGACACCUCGCCCGCCACGCCCGGGCCACUGGGCGCCUGCUGGGCCGGGUUCACCGGGUCCCUGUCGUCCGCUUGGAAUACCGUCUUCCAAGCCCUGCCUCCCUGGGGGCAACGCUUUGUCACCGGGGCCCUGAAGAUCGCCGACCAGCAGUCCUUCGCCAUUAUGAUGGUGGUGGUGGCCCUGGCCGCAUAUGUGGCCCCCUCCAUCGGCAAGAAGGGCGGCCCUCUGCUGCCGGAGUACACCGUAUCCUACGGGUCCAUGAUGAUCAUCUUCUUUCUCACCGGAUUAGAUCUCAACUCCGGCGCCCUGGUCCGGUCGCUGUCGAACAUCAAACUCCAGGCGUCCAUGAUGGGUCUGACCUUCGUGGUUCUCCCCCUGGUGGGGUGGGUCUUCGUCGAGGCCCUCCUCAAGCCAAUGGGUGGCUUCUUCCCGCAGGAUAUCAUUGUGGGCUUCCUGGUGCUGGUGUCCCUGCCCUCGACCGUUUCUUCAAACUCGAUCCUGACCGACGCGGCGGCCGGCGACACGGCGGCCGCCGUCACGGCCUCCGUCAUUUCCAACACCUUUGGCGUGGUCCUCUCGCCGCUCAUUGUCCUGCUGAUGAUCCAGACCUCCUCCUCGGUGGGCAUCCUUGGGGUCUACCUGAAGCUCGGCCUGACGGUGAUCCUGCCGCUGCUUGUGGGCCAGGUGUGCCAGCGCCCGUGGGCCGCCGGCUGGGUUGGCCCCCUUCGCCGGUGGGUCCCCUUCGGCACGGUUCGCCAGGCCAUGGUCUUGCUCUUCUUGUACUGCACCUUCUGCGACACGUUUGCCGCCCCGGAAAGCCCCCUCAGCGCGCCGGUCUUCUGGGCUGUUCUCGGCCUGGUGAUGCUGCUCUACACCAUUCUCUGCAUUGUGUGCUGGGUUUUGGUGGCGGUCCCGCCGCUGCGCUUCACCCGCCCGGAACGCGUGGCGGCUUUCAUGGUUGCCAGCCAAAAGACCAUGGUGGUCGGCAUGCCGAUGAUCAGCUCCAUGUAUGCCGACUCGCCGGACUUCAAUGUCGGUGUGGUGGCCCUGCCGGUUUUGCUGUUCCACCCCCUGCAGCUGCUCAUUUGUGGGUUCCUGGUUCCAACCAUGAAACUUUGGGUCGAGCGGGAUGCCGCUCGAAACUCGGCGGCCGGGGCAGACUCCACCUCUGCGGCCGGGCAACUGGACAACGACGAGCAUCUGAUCGAUGCCUCCGACCCAAAUGCCAUCCCAUUGCAGACGCUGGAGCAUGGUGGUGCCGGCCAUUCGGUGGCCAUUCAAAUGAGCGACUUCGCCCUGGACUACCUGGAAGAGGACACCAGUGAUGACCUGCUUCACAUCUAGACCAUCCUCCAUCGUCAUCCGUUCGGGGCGGGGGCUCCAGGGGGGGGGAGGGGGGGGAUGCGACUCGCGCACCUGCGAUACCACCCGGUCAAAAUAGCAACCCUGGAACUGUCUG